AUGGAGAUCUUCCAGGACGGAGAGCUCGAGGCGGAGAUGAACAAGCGCGAGCUGCACGCCAACAGCUUGGGGAGCUGGUGGCAGCUCUUCUCCGAGACGUACGAGGAGCUGGUGCAGUCCAUCGCCAGCCCCGUGCGCGCCGAGUAUUCCGUCCGAGAGCUGGGCGACCGGCAGUUCACACUCGCUACAGCCAGCAACGACAGCGAAGAGUUCGUGCGCGAGGACUUCCACCUGCAAAACCCUCGUGGAGAACCUUUGGCCUGCAGCUUCUGGCGUCGCAGAGCAGUGAGAGACACCGACCCGAUUGCAGACUUGGCGAGCUCUUCAUCGUCGUCGUCGCUUCAGCAGACAACGGCGCAAUUGGGCGUGGACCCGUGCAUCAUCUACCUGCACGGUAUGUCCAGCUCGCGCAAGGAGUGCGUGUAUUUGCACCGUAAAGUGCUGGCUGCGGGCUUCUCGCUGUUCGCAGUGGACUUGUCCGGUUCCGGUCUUUCCGGCGGUGACCGCGUGUCGUUUGGAUACUUUGAGCACGAUGACUUGCGAACGGUUGUGGAUUAUCUGUACGCAACUGGGCGUGCGUCGGCUGUGGGUAUCUGGGGGAGAGAUAUUGGAUCCGCAGCGGCACUGCUCCAUGCCAAAGAGCGCAUGCCGUACCACUACGAAACGAUGACGGUCUCGCGAAAAGAAGCGAAGAAGUUGGAAGUCGUGGAAGACAGAGAGAACCGCCACAUUCUGUGCAUCCCUCCAUUGACGGGUCUGCACUUCCGAUUCAGCAAGUACAGUGCAUCACACGGCGACUUCGUCCUGCUAGCGAUCGACAAUGUUCCCGUGCAGGGGUUAAGUCCGAGUGUAUGCUAUCGUCUGAUACAGCGGAGCUGCAAGAACAACGGUGGCAGGGCGCGUUUACAGGGCUUCAAGCGCUUCUCCAGCAAGGCUGGACACGACAAGUUCAUCUUUGCAUUGACGGCGGACAGUGCCUACGGAGACAUGGAGCAGGUGAUCUGGGAUAUGCUACAGAUGAUCACCAAGAGCGCCGAGCGUCGCAGUCUGUACUUUCCCUCGGCGAUGGUCACCGCAGUUCAAAAGAUCCUGGCGAACUCGAUCGGCAAGGCUGGCGGCUUCAACUUCCGUGACGUCAGGCUGCUCGACGCUGCCCCGUACUUCACGGUGCCGUGCCUCUUUAUCAGCGCGUCCAAGAAAGACUUCUUCAUGCCUGAGCACGCCAAAUCGCUCUGCGACCAGUACGGCGGCUCCAAGAGCUACAUUCAAUUCACGGGCCAGAUCGACGACAACCGGCCGGAUGAAGUCGUAGACACUGCCAUCUCGCACUUCAGCAAGCGCUUCAAGCUCCUCAAAAAGAAGUGA